GGAAAAUAUGCGUCGAAAAUAUGUAAACAAAACGGUGAUAAUAGCACUACAGUAACAGCGCUUUAUUUUGGUUUCGAGGUAGAGCUAUUUCUUGGCACCAUAAAAAUAAAGGUGUUCUUGAGAAGAUAAUGGCUGUACCCCAGCUUGUAUCGUGUGAAUGGUUGAAUGAGAGGAUUAAGUCUGGAAAUUUGGAUAAAAUUGUUAUCGUGGAUGUAUCCUGGGCAAGUACCAAGGACUGUCGGCAGGACUAUAACAAGCAGCACAUUCAAGGGGCUCGAUACAUUGAUGUUUUAUCAGCAGAACACACAGACAUGUACCCUAGGAAUAUUCCUACUGUUGAAGCUUUCACACUGGUCGCACAGCAGGCAGGGAUAAAUUCGGACUCUCACAUUAUAGUUUACAGCAACUCGGACAGGGCUGGCUACUUCAUGGCAGGUAGAGGAUGGUGGACAUUUAGGCAUUUUGGUCACAAAAAUGUAUCAAUACUUGAUGGUGGUUUAUCAAAGUGGCUACAGUUAGGAUAUCCUACAACAGAUCAGUGCACAGAUAUACAGCCAGGAAACUUUGUUGCAUCAAUAGAUGAAAGUGUAUACAGAAGUUAUGAUGAAGUAAAAGACAAUGUAAAGACAGACAAAUUUCAAGUGCUAGACACCAGACCAAAUACAGCACAUACAGAAAGCAGCAUCCCUGGAGCGAAAAACGUCUUCAUGGCUGAUUUGGUAGAUAAUGAGAGAGGCACUUUGAAGUCGGAGGAUGAGCUGAGACAGGUAUUUAGUUCAGCUGGCGUGGACCUGUCACAACCUUUAGUAACACACUGUUACAGUGGCAUGUCAUCUUGCGCUGUGGCUUUCACAGCUGAGCUUCUUGGUGCCAAACAGGUUUCUGUUUUCCACGGAGGAUUUACGGAGUGGAAGAAGAAGCAGGGAGAGGAUAAGUAACAUUUAAUUAUCAUCUAUAAAAACAGUACAAGACAUCAUCUGGCAACAUCUGAUAGAGAGAGAAAAGUGUGACAAUUAAAGUUAAUUUUCCAGUAUCAGGGUGGUAUACACUUACAAAGUUUGAAUUGUAUAUAUAUGCUGUCCACUGUUCUAAAACAUACAGAAAGCUCAUUAUUUCAGUGUAUUUAAACAAAAAAUGACAACUUCCACAUUCAUAGUUCCAGAAAGUGUCCCGAAGAUGGUGAUAAAAUGAUAGUGAAAAAGUGUUCUCUAUUUCUAAAUUUCUUAGUGGCAAUCCAUAUAAAAUGUAAAACAGUAUACUGUGAUUUCAUUUGUAUUCAUGGAUGAUCAAUUUACAUAUUCAGUAGCUUUGUAAAUCCAAGAAAUCAAAUUCCAAUUUCCAUUUAAUUCAUAUUAAAAGACAUUCGCAUUCCAAGGAAUAGCUUUUUUUCUUUUUGUUAGCUCACCUGAGCAAUGCUCAGGUGGGUUAUUGUGAUCGCUCGAUGACAGGCGUCAGUCAUCUGUAAACAUUUAGCUAAUGUAUGCUAUAGAGACUGUAUUUUUCAACUGAUCUUCAUGAAAUUUUGUCAGAAUGGUAGCCUUGAUGAAAUCUAGGCCAAGUUU